ACAACACAAUGAGCCGCACAGCUUCACAUACCCCUGCACCAUGGAUAAUUAAGUAGCUGGCAGUAAUUGAAAAUAUCCCUGCUUCUUUCACAUGCUAAAGACAACUUUCAUCUGGAGCAUCUCUCGAAGUUUUUUUCCUUCAAGUUUGAUUCCAAAGACGUGAUAGUUCCAGGCUUUCAGUUGCAGACUCCAGGUGUAAAAUCAGAAGCUGAAAGUGGCAUUUUCCUCCAGCAUUUCGGACGGGCGGGCAGGAGGGGAGGUGGUCCAACUGCACAAUGACAGAUUAUGCAAAUCCUCCCAGAGCAUCUAAUCAAUCACAAUGGUGAGAGAGGAAUGCAGCUCAUCUCCGAAUUAGCCUCCCUCGUUGCCGCGUCCUCAUCCUCGCGUGAAGCAUCCCCCCUCGGCUGGAAUGACAUCAGAGCAGCUCCGAGUCCUUGAAAGUCAGGGGGUUGAUUAGUCGGAGGAAUCGGCCGCCACUGCCAAUCACAACCCUGCAAAGCCGCCUCGAUACUCUUGUAGAUAUGAGGGAGAGGGAGGCUGACUACAGCAAACAGGAGGCACAGCGACAGCACUAGCAGUUGUAAAGGGAGCAGCUGGUAUUUGGGUGAUUAAAUAGUUCUCGCAAGCCUUUUCUGCUGUAGCCUGGUUGCUCCCCGGUGUAAUCCCCCAUGUCCAAGAAGGAAGCUGCAUUUUUAACGGUGUGCUGAACAGAGGUUUGAAUCAUUCCAGCUGGCUGCUUGUUUUGAAAAGGACAGUCUGUGUAUAAAUGAGAUGUGACUGUGCCGGUAGAGUUCACUUACUGGGGCUGGAGCAAGAGGAACCUUCCUGGGAUGACACUCGGACAGCUGCUAUCAAUUGAAAACUCUCCCUAGUUUACCUGGAGCCAUGUGAAGAGAUUUGAAUAGCAGAUGUCUCUUUCCUGCACGCUAGGAAGAGAAAGUCUUCUCUAGUUUUAGGUGUAAAGCUUGGGAUGAAUGAAUACUCUUCAGAAUGAAACUCACAAGUGUAAUCCAAGUUAAUGAAGGAGGACACAUCAGCUGGCAAGUAUCUGCCUGGAAAGCGUGUUUCUUCCUUGCAGUUCAAAAAUCAUCCCUUGUUUACAGUCUCACAUUGUUCCAAGAGAUAAUGUUAAGAGUCCCCUUCACUGAUUACUGGCAGCUGCUGCAUUCAGAGAACACCUCUUUCACUCCAGCUUUCCUGAUCCUUUGACUUCCCGCUCUGACAGCUUUAUAAACUCCCCGACAGCUUCAUAAAUGCACUGCAAUGGUCACAUGAACGUCUUGGAAGCGGAAUCAGCACCUCUGCAUCUCCUCAUUCUGAUGGCACUUUAGGAAGAGAGAACCAGAAAAGCGCCAAGUCCAACAGAGGUUGGAAGUCCUGCGAAAGAUGAAUCUAAUUGUAAAGCUCCGCAGAAGUUUCAGAACACUGGUCAUUCUCCUGGCAACCUUCUGCUUGGCAAGUAUCGUGAUUUCUGCCUAUUACCUCUACACUGGCUACAAGCAGGAAAUGGCCCUUGUGGAAACCACCGGAGAAGCAGAGUGUGAAGACCUCAAAAUUCUACCAUACAGGUCUGUGGAGCUCAAAACAGCCAAGCCAAUUGAUCCAUCUAAAACAAAUCCCACUGUCCUGCUGUUUGUGGAAAGCCAGUACUCCCAGCUGGGGCAAGACAUCAUAGCCAUCCUUGAAUCCAGCAGAUUUCAGUACCACAUGGUCAUUGCACCAGCUAAGGGGGAUAUUCCACCUCUCACAGAUAAUGGAAGAGGAAAAUACACAAUUGUUAUAUAUGAGAAUAUUUUAAAGUACGUAUCCAUGGACUCAUGGAAUAGAGAGCUUCUAGAAAAAUACUGUGUGGAAUACAGUGUCAGUAUAAUUGGUUUUCAUAAAGCCAACGAGAACAGCUCCCCGAGUACAAAACUGAAAGGACUGCCAUUACAUCUUUACAAUAAUGUAGCCCUCAAAGACUGUGUGGUAAACCCCCAGUCUCCCCUGCUGCGCAUUACCAAAGCACCAAGGGUUGAGAAGGGUCCACUGCCUGGCGAAGACUGGACAGUUUUCCAGUUUAACCAUUCCACCUAUCAACCUGUGCUUUUAACCGAACUACAGACCUCCAGACCACCCCCUGUGGCACUGCCAAAGGCUGCUCUGUAUGCAACCGUCAUCCAAGACUUGGGGCUCCAUGAUGGAAUUCAGAGAGUCCUUUUUGGAAACAACCUGACCUUCUGGUUGCACAAACUGAUCUUUAUUGAUGCCAUCUCUUUCCUGUCAGGGAAGAAGCUCACACUGUCCUUGGAUAGGUACAUUCUGGUUGACAUAGAUGACAUCUUUGUCGGAAAAGAGGGAACGAGGAUGAACAUCAACGAUGUGAAGGCUUUACUAGAGACUCAAAAUUUACUGCGCACUCAGGUUGCAAAUUUUACCUUCAACCUUGGAUUUUCAGGAAAAUUUUACCACACAGGGACUGAAGAGGAAGAUGAAGGUGAUGACCUGCUGUUGAGGUCCGUGAAUGAGUUUUGGUGGUUUCCCCAUAUGUGGAGUCACAUGCAGCCUCAUCUCUUCCACAACGAGUCGUCACUGGUGGAGCAGAUGAUCCUCAACAAAGAAUUUGCAAUAGAGCAUGGCAUACCGACUGCCAUGGGGUACGCGGUGGCUCCACAUCACUCUGGGGUCUACCCAGUUCACAUCCAGCUGUAUGAGGCCUGGAAGAAGGUCUGGCACAUCCGAGUGACCAGCACAGAAGAAUACCCACACCUGAAGCCUGCACGGUACAGACGGGGCUUCAUCCACAAUGGCAUCAUGGUGCUCCCUCGACAGACCUGUGGCCUUUUCACUCAUACUAUUUUUUACAAGGAAUAUCCUGGGGGUCCUCAGGAGCUGGACAAAAGCAUCCGAGGAGGUGAACUCUUCCUCACCAUUCUCCUGAAUCCUAUCAGCAUCUUCAUGACCCAUUUGUCUAACUAUGGGAACGACCGCCUGGGCUUAUACACCUUUGCAAACUUAGCCAACUUUGUUAAGAGCUCAACCAACCUGAAACUGCAGACGUUGCCCCCAGUUCAGCUGGCUCAGAAGUACUUUGAGCUCUUCCCGGAGCAGACGGACCCUCUUUGGCAGAAUCCAUGUGAUGAUAAACGACACAGGGAUAUUUGGUCCAGAGACAAAACUUGUGACCACCUACCCAAAUUUCUUGUGAUAGGACCCCAGAAAACAGGAACAACAGCGCUUUAUUUAUUUCUUCUGAUGCAUCCUUCCAUUAUCAGUAAUCUCCCCAGUCCAAAAACUUUUGAAGAAGUUCAGUUCUUCAAUGGAAACAACUAUCACAAGGGAAUUGAUUGGUACAUGGAUUUCUUCCCCACUCCUUCCAACAUUACCACCAACCUCGUCUUUGAGAAAAGUGCCAACUAUUUCCAUUCUGAGGAGGCCCCUAAACGAGCUGCUUCCCUCAUCCCCAAGGCCAAGAUCAUCACCAUCCUUAUUGACCCAUCCGAUCGGGCGUAUUCCUGGUACCAGCAUCAGCGAUCCCAUGAGGACCCCACUGCCUUGAAAUUCAAUUUUUAUGAAGUCAUUACAUCCAGCCAUUGGGCGCCCUCGGAGAUAAGGACUCUCCAGAAGAGAUGCUUGACACCCGGAUGGUAUGCUGUCCAUAUUGAAAGAUGGUUAAGUCAUUACCCUGCUUCACAGUUCCUUAUUAUUGAUGGACAACAGCUAAGAAGUGACCCAGCUACUGUGAUGGAUGAAGUUCAGAAGUUUCUUGGAGUCUCUCCUCAUUAUAAUUACUCUGAAGCUCUAACGUUUGACCCUCAGAAAGGCUUUUGGUGCCAGUUGUUGGAAGGAGGGAAAACAAAGUGCCUGGGAAAAAGCAAAGGUCGAAAAUACCCACCAAUGGACCAAGAGUCUCGAGCGUUUCUGUCAAGCUACUACAGAGACCACAACGUGGAGUUGUCCAAGCUGCUGCACAGGCUGGGGCAGCCCCUGCCCUCCUGGCUGAGACAGGAGCUGCAGAAGGUCAGGUAGCACACAGGGGCAGACGACCCAAACAAGGACGGGCGACCCAAACAAGGACGAUUUCAUUCACCGUCAAACCCCUUGCUUCUCCAACUCACUUGUGAUCGUCAGUAGAGGACCUCAUGAAUAAUGCUCUUUCUAUUAAAAAAAAAAAAAAAGAAAAAAAGAACAAAAAAAAGAAAACAAAAAAUCCAAAAAACCACAGAAGAAUAAAAAACCCAAACCCAACAACUGUUUAUAUGCACGUGCUGACAGUUAUUAGCAUCGACCCCUUUUGUCAGCUUCCAGGAAAUAAUACAGAGCUACAUGGCAUUACUCUUUAUCCAGACCGGGAUCUGUGCAUAGCCUAGUUCCUCUGUUCACCGGGAGGUACCAGAAACUGUGUGUAGGACGGAUUGACUUCAGUGUACAUGGCAAAUUGCGGUCUGUCAGGACACAAGCAAAGGAUGGGAACAUCUCUCGCUGGACUGUGAGUUCAUCCUUCUAGCUUGACUGCAAAGGCGUGGACCUGUCUAUGGAUUCGAUUCCUCCUUCACUAUCUUACCUAGAAAAGCUACCAAAAAUGAAUGAUUGGCAAGCAACACAGAUUCUGAAGUGUUCAGUGUUCCAGUGACCGGAUAACUUUUGUAAGACUUAUUAUCAUUUUUGUAGUAUUUCAAAACAAAAGACAUCCUCCUGACAGAGCCGAGGAAAAACUUCACUGUCUUGCCCAAGCUCUUUUUUUUUUUUUCCUUUUUCUUUCCCCUCCUACAUGACGACAGCAAAUCCAGUUGAACAAAUACUUGGUGUCGAAAAAAAAGGAAUCAAAAUAAAUUUUGAUCAUUCAAAGUAUUUUUGUUGGGGGGGAAUAGGGUGGUGAGGGAGGUCAAAGUCUGUAUUUGCUGGAAUUGUUUUAAAUAAUUGAUGUGCACACACCUUAUUAUUGGUUCUUCUCACUGCCGCAGAAUAAACACUUCUGAUGGUGUAUUAUAGAGAGA